AGCCCACCAGGCUCCUCCAUCCAUGGGAUUUUCCAGGCAAGAGUACUGCAGUGGGGUGCCAUUGCCUUCUCCGACAGAGAGCUGGUGUCCCGUGGCCUGACCCUACAAGAUGUCAAGAGAAGAGGUUCACUUCUUCUAUGGUUCCCCCAGGAAAGGGCACAGCCACUCUUAUGUCACGACUGAAGAGGCUGCAGGGAUUGGCAUCCUGACAGUGAUUCUGGGAAUUCUACUACUUCUCAGCUGCUGGUACUGCAGAAGACGAAGUGGAUACCGAAGCUUAAAGGACAAAAACAUUCAUGCUGGUACUCAAAGUACCCUAACAGGAGGAUGUUCACAUGAGUGGCUUGGUCAACAGGACAGCAAAUUGCCUUUUCAAGAGAACAAUUGUGAACCUGUGAUUCCCAAUGCUCCACCUGCUUAUGAGAAACUGCCCGCAGAACAGUCACCACCACCUUAUUCUCCAUGAGGGCCAGCGAGGCCUUGAGAGGUGCUGAAAUGAUUUCCCGCAUGCUUUUGCUUGAAUUUGAUGUGGACAUACAAUGCUCUGCUUCAGAAUCCUGUAGAAACAGUGUAUAUGAUCAUCUCUACUAAUAAGCUGAGUGUCAAAUUCUUUGUAGGGCAACUGAUUGAGGAAAUGAUGAGAAAUAUUAAAAUGGGAAAAGCUUUGUCAAUAAACAUUGUAAUG